CGUCAGAGCGUCGAUUUCUACUUCCGGAAUCACGACCCUACUGCCAUGUGCAGGCCAGAAAAUGCUUCUGGAGCUACUGAAAUAAGCCAUGAGAAGAUUGUUUUUUAGUUGUUGUUUUGUCCCCUGCUCAGAAGUGAGACAAGGCCCCGACAGGCCGAGAAAUGUGUCAGGUCAGUUAACUCUAGUAACCCGAGCAAGAAGCAGAUAAACUAAGUGUUUCGUCUUGUUAGCUAGCUGAUUAGCGUCAUGGCUCUGUACAUGAAAGCAGCUGAGAUCCUGGAGAAAGCCGAGAAUAAGCAGGGUGCUUUGAAAACUCUGGUCUACGACAGUAAAUUUCCCAACAUUAAGCAGCUCUUCGCUUUGGUUUGUGAGACCCAGAGAUUUUCCUCCAUCCUCGAGGAGAUCAUCGAGACCACCAAGCUCCUGAAACAGACAAAGCUGAGAAUCUACCUUGCUAAAGUGCUUGUGUAUGACCUGAUCAUUGGUCAGGGGCUGAAAUGUGGUGGCUCUUGGAAGACCACGAUGAUGAAGCAUCGCCCAAGACUGCAGGCGGCCCUGGCUCGAAUGAAGAUAAAGCAGAAGGUCAGCAAGAAUGAAGGUCUGCUCCCAAGUUGCCCUGUGCGUCUCGCCAGUGAGCAGCUGCCGAGGUAUGUGCGUGUUAACACCCUGAAGACCACUAUAGAGGAUGCUGUGGACUACCUGAAGAGGGAUGGCUUCAUCUACCUGGGACAGGCCGCGAGGCUGGAUAACUUGACCCUGAAGGAGAGAGAGUUUGUGAAGGACAUGCAUCUGUCUGAGCUGCUGGUCUUUUCUCCUAAAACAGACUUUCAUGACCACUUUCUGUACAAAGCUGGCCACAUAAUCCUUCAGGACAAAGCCAGCUGCCUCCCUGCCUACCUCCUGAACCCCCCAUCUGGCAGCAAUGUUAUAGAUGCCUGCGCCGCCCCUGGCAACAAAACCAGCCACCUUGCAGCCAUCAUGAAGAAUAAGGGCAGGUUGUUUGCCUUUGAUUUGGAUGCCAAGCGUCUGGCCACCAUGUCAACUCUCCUGCUCAGAGCUGGAGUUACCUGUCAGCAGCUGGCACAUCAGGACUUCCUGAAAGUGAACCCUGACAGCUCACAGUUCAAAGAUGUUGAGUACAUCUUGUUGGAUCCGUCCUGCAGUGGAUCAGGUAUGGUGUGUCUCCAGGAUAAUGUCUCUGCUGCUGACCAGGAAAAGGAUCAGGCACGCCUUACCUCCUUGGCCGCCUUCCAGCUGCGGUGCCUGAACCACGGCCUCAAAUUCCCUGGCCUGAAGCGCUUGGUGUAUUCCACUUGCUCAGUCCACAGACAGGAGAACGAGGACGUGGUAACAGCAUGUUUGCAACAGAACCCUGGAUUCAGGUUGGUUCAUCUGUUGUCACAAUGGCCUGAACGAGGCCAACCCCCACUCAACCAGUGUCUGCGUGCCAGCCCCACCAAGACCCUCACACAUGGGUUCUUUGUGGCAUUGUUGGAGAAACAUAACGAGGUGCAGAAGAGAAAACAAGAGCCAGUCGCUGAGUUAAGUUCCCCAGAGGAGACACAACACAGCCCGUCCAAGUGUAAUAAAAGACCUGCUGACUCUGAAGCGUCAGAGACUGAAGACAACCCAACAGCUGCAACAGUAACAACUGGAAAUACACCUGGCAAAAAGAAGAAGAGGAAAAGGAAAAAGAAGAAAGCGGCAACAGUAGAGUAGUAACAAAUGUAGAGUAGGAUUACUUUAACAUGCCGUCUUGAAGCUAUGCUCUUUGUAGGGUGACCAGUUUUUUACUUCUCAAAACAUAAAGGUAACAUAUCUGAAAAGUAAAGAUUAUUUUUAUUACAGUAUUAAAGGUACAGUAUGUCGAAAUGGAAAUAUUUAGCGAUAUCUUGCGGUCAGAUUCCAGAUGGUAAUGUGAACUUGCUUACCAUAAGUAGCUGUGGCCUUCAAGGCCAAGAAGCUCCUGUGGUGCAUGCAGAUUAUGAUCCUCCAAUUGUCAAGUUUUUUUACCAUCAAAAAUGUAUCUCAAUACAAAUUAUUUUGAACAACUCUCCUCUUGUCUACCAACCAAUGUAUAAAUGCAUAAAUACAAUGCAUAAAUACAAAAAACACAUGUUA